AGCGAGGCUUCCAGGAGGAGGCGAAUUCAGUACAUGCUUGUGAAGGAGGGCUGAUGUGCACCCGUGCAGGCUCCACAAACGCAGAAGACUAGGCAGGCUGGGAGGAGGAGGAAGGGGGCGGAGAUUGAGCCACAGGAGAGGCGGAGAACCCAGAUGAGGCACCGUAGAUUGGCCAACGGCUCCUUUCAACCCUGCCUCGUUGGUGGCCACUGGAGAAGCGCGGGGGGCUCCCCAGGCAGCCGUGGGGACAAGUUAGAGCCAGCACUUUACCCCGGGCCUCGCGUGUAGCUUCCUGUCCCCCGUUCUAGGUGCCCCAGUGUCUGGAGGGGGGUGUGGGAGUGUUCCCUCCUUACAUGUUCUACCACCCAGGCAACCCUCUGGGGUCCUGUUCCACCUCGCUCUUGCUUCCUGCACAGUGGUCAAGAGGAACCACUUUAUAUCAUGUCCCGGUACAGCUACCAAAGUCUCCUGGACUGGCUCUAUGGGGGCGUGGACCCCAGUUUCGCAGGCAAUGGGGGCCCGGACUGUGCUGCCUUCCUCUCUUGGCAGCAGCGGCUGCUGGAAAGUGUGGUGGUCCUGACCCUGGCCCUGUUGGAGAUCCUGGUGGCCCUGCGGUUCAUCCUGAGGCAGACGGAGAAUGGUAGGGGUGGCCGUGGCAGCCAGCCACAGCAGGUGACCCAGCGGCCAGAGGAAGGCAAGGAGAGCCUGAGCAAGAAUCUGCUCUUAGUAGCCCUGUGCCUGACCUUCGGGGUGGAGGUGGGCUUUAAGUUCGCCACCAGGACCGUCAUCUACCUGCUCAACCCCUGUCAUCUGGUCACCAUGAUGCAUAUCUUCCUCUUGGCCUGUCCUCCAUGUCCAGGAGCUAUCGUGGUCUUUAAGUUGCAAAUGCACAUGUUGAAUGGAGCUCUUUUGGCACUACUGUUUCCUGUGGUAAAUACCCGGCUGCUCCCCUUUGAACUGGAGAUCUACUACAUUCAACAUGUCAUGCUCUAUGUGGUGCCCAUGUACCUGCUUUGGAAAGGAGGUGCUUAUACUCCAGAGCCCCUCAGCAAUUUCCGGUGGGCUCUUCUCUCAACUGGCCUCAUGUUCUUCUAUCACUUCAGCAUCCUGCAGAUUCUCGGCCUGGUCACCGAAGUGAAUUUGAACAACAUGCUGUGUCCGGCCAUCUCAGACCCAUUCUACGGCCCCUGGUAUCGCAUCUGGGCCUCGGGACACCAGACUCUCAUGACCAUGACCCACGGGAAGCUGGUCAUCCUGUUCUCAUACAUGGCUGGGCCCUUGUGUAAAUAUCUGCUGGAUUUGCUCCGGCUUCCAGCAAAGAAAAUAGACUGAAGGUGCUUGGGUUUUUUCUCUCUCUCCCUGAGGAAGCAAGCCCUGACUUGACUUGGAGAACACCCAGUUCUUGAUGAAAUCAUGGGAGAGGACACUAGAUGUUUGGUGUAUUUCUUUUUUCCUCCUCGCUGUCCCUUUUUUCCACCACUCUUCCUCAGCUCCUCCCCCCAGGAUGUCUCCUUGUGCCCGGGGUGUGGUGCUGAGGCAGGAUCUUUCCUCCUUCCCUCCCCUGGCUCUUUCUCCCCCACUCCUAGUGGCCUUAUCUAGGGAGAUGGUAGUCAGCAGCCCUCUUGCUCUGCUUGUCGGUGCUUUUAACAACAGCUGGUUGAGGAGACAGGGAACAACAAACAGUAGUUUUGCCAGUGUCAUAGCAAAGAAACUGGGUUGUGUUACAUUUCUGUACUGCCAGGGACCUUCAUGCUCAUGUGCAAAUCCCCUUUUGUCUCCAGCACAACUCCCACUGUAAGGGGACUUGAGGCCUUGUUCUCUACCAGCAGCAAGACCAGAGUCAAGGGAUUUCCCUGCUCAAGGCCAAAAUAGAAGCAGCCACAUUCUUCCAACUAGUGUCAUGACUCAAAACAGGGAGCCACCCAACCACUCCCUCCAGGAUGCUGCCUGGGCAGGAGGUGAAAGCGCAGCCCCAGCCUAAGGGUGAGAUCCACUGAGCUGGUUGGAAAACUGUUGCAGUGGUGAAUCCAGAGGGAGGAGGGUGAAAGUCUAUAAAGUAUCAAGCAGGACCCUGUGCAGACUGCCAAGGAGAGCUGAGAAUGUAUCCACGACCCGAUUAAGGAAAUAAUCAGUGAAAGGGUAACUUGAGGAAUCUGUGAUUGGAACCAUGUUCCAUGUUCACAGUGAUAAUAGAUCCCAUUCUAAUCUGCAGUGCUCCUUCAGCAUGUUCUCCUUUGUCUCUCUGUCUCUGCCUCUCUCUAAAGCAGCUUCAGGAAGAAUGAGCUUCCAGCAGUUUGCAAUUGUUUUGCUUUACAUUUUGUUUGGUUUUGGAUGUUUGAAUUAGGAAAGCCCUUGCAACAGGGCCCAUUUCUACAAGUCCCCUGAGAUCCAUUUCUGGAGUUUACAGUAUACAGCCACAUCCUGGUCUGGGAAGCUGCAGCUCUUGCCAAACAUUGUUUCCCUCGGGCCAGGUUUCUUCAGUGCAGCCAGAUUCCAUGCUGAAUUGUGUCACAUGGUGGGGGACAUUGCAUGCUUCCCACCCUGCCCAUCCUCAGAGCCCAUGCCUAGCUUGAGAGGGAGAAUCCAAGGGAUCAGGUUCCCAAAGGUGGAGGGUAAAGUGCUGCAGAAGGAUGAGCUUUUAAGCGAAGUCCCAUGUCACAUCAUGUGUAACCUCAAGAAGGAAGCAGUAGCUGGAGGUUUGUUGAUUCUCUGCUGCUUGCUACUAGGAGCAGAUUUGCUUCGAACCAGAAAUGCUCAUCCAGUGACUUCCUUCAGUGAGCGUCCUCUGCCCUCCACCGCUCUGGACAACUCUUUUGCCCUGAACCAAUACCAGUAUUGCAGGUUUAGUCAUAUUAGACACAGACUGAGCUCCAGUGGCUUAGCAGUCAUGAUUUUAGCAAAGGUAAAACUUGGAGGCGGGAGUACGUGAGAAAGUUUCUCUUAAGUAUACAAGCACCUGAAGAAGCAGCCCUGGGAGGCACUGCCUUUUGGCAGGGCCUGCUGGGAUUGAGGUAGUCAAGUGGAGGAGGGCACAGGGAACCAGCAGGGAGAACAUUCAGUGCCCUUGCUCCUCUUAGGUCUUUAUAACAUGUAACCUUUGUUUUCUGAACUCCUUGGUUGCUGGCCCAAGCUUCUUAGGCCUCUCAUGCUAGGGUUGCCCUCCAGCACAAGCACCUGAGCAGUUGGAUUCACCUUGCUGUGUGUUAGGCUGCUUCCUGUAGGAGUGGCUGGUGAGGAAAUAUACAAGGCCUCCAUACCCCUUUGCCUCUCUACAAAAGUAAAGUGUGGAAAGAAGGCAUGGGAAGAGCUCCUAGGGACCUGACCUGGCCACUACGAGAAAAUGGAGCUGCUGCAGGCAGAUCUGUGCCUCAGCCAGGGACCAGCUGUGGAUACCACAGUGGUGUGACUGUAGGUACCUUCUUCCUUUCUGUCCCUGACACGGCACAGAUUGCAGUCAUUUUGGGGUUUCCCUGCAUUGGCAUGUUUCCAGAAGCUUGCCUCUGCCCUGCAUGCCACUCAAUACUCUGUUUUGGCAAGAGAGAUGAAAGUGAAAGCCAUGAAUGAACCUGGUAUGGCCAGGCCAGAGACAGAUGUACCUGUGAGGGAAAGAGCGAACUGGAGGGCAGGUGCAGGGGCCCAGGCUAACUCACAAACCUGGGGGUUGAAUGAACAGAUGCCAAGGCCCUUUCACAGGCUCCACAAAAAAAUUCUGGUGUAGAUUUAGGGAAAAGCAAGCAUGUGAGUUUCUCUGUCUCUCUUUCUUGCCUUAUCCAAGCCCACAUAGUGACAGGCAAUCUGGCCAGACUCAUAGCAGCCUGCCUUGAGAGUGGCCCUCAUAGCUGUCUAGCCUCCAGCCUGCCACUGGCCCUGGUACAGUACCAAGGAAGAAGCUGAAGUUUGCACAUCCAGGGACCAGUGGACCCUGGCUUUCCAGUUUCUCCUGAGGGCUUUCCUGUUAGUGCUGAGAGGACUCCCCAGCCGCUCUGGCCAAUUGCUGCCUGCCAUCUGCCAGUGUAUGGAAGCUCUAUGUAUGUGUGAGAGUGCAUCUCAAGAGUGGCCAGUUCCCUUUCAGAAAGCCCCAGGAAGGGAAAGGAGCAGUUCCUCAGGCCACAGGCAGCUAUGAUGAAGGGUCUAAGUCAAUGAGAACAGUCUGUUGAGCUGGCAAACUUGCAGCAUCCACUGUGAAAAGCGGAGUACCAGAGGGUACUCUAAAUAGUUUAAGUUCUCCCUCACUCUCAGUAUUUGAUUUUGGACACCAAAGAUCAGGCCCAGCUUCCUCUCAGAGGCACAGUGACAUGCUCCUCUGACAGCCUGAGGGCACCACAGGGGGUUCCAAAGCCUCGAACUCCAUCUCCCUAAGUCAGCAUGCUCUUUCUUCUUGGACCUCCUGGUAAUCAGAAAAGCUGUUUGCAGGGCCAUUGGGCUCAGCAGGCAGUUAGCACACACUACUGUACAGAACCUCAGCCUAGCUGUCAGAUCAUCUGUUUUGCUAUAGGCUCUGUCAGGGUUUUGAUAUAUGUGACCACCACAUCCCACAAAUAAUCCAGUGUCAACAGGUCCCCACGAUCUCCACCACGGCAGGCAAUGCGCUAGUACUCAGGGGGCAGCCAAGGGGCCCUAUCUCCCUCCGUCUACCACAAAUAUUUCCUCGAUUUGGGGACAUUGAUUUACCAUCACUUAUUCUUUUCAGAAGAGGAGUUUCCUAAUGGUUUCUAGUAAAGGAGAGAUGGUGGUGGAGAACCAAGGGCCAUGUGUGACACGGUAGGACAAGACAGUGGUGCUGGUUGUGGUUUGUCAGAAACAGGCAUGUGUGAGGGAUUUCUGCAGGCCCUUCAGAGUCCUUGGCAAGGCCCAGGCCAUGCAGGGGCCCUCUGGGCUGCUCCUGCCCUGCAUGCCCUUGAGGACCCCCAAAGGGCCACUGGACGCUCAGUGCACUUUUGCCCUGGGAGCAGUGUGGCCGUACAGCCUUGAGUUGCCAAGGUGGGCUGUCAGCAAGAGGGGGCAAUCCUUCUCCUGUGUAAAUAGAAUGAGCCCCUAUGUGCUCAGGAAAACCCAGCUGCUUGCUGUUGCCCUUAGCUGGGGCAUUUUUGCAUACUGGUUUGCUACUCGUAGCACUAAGCAGACAAAAGCCCCAUGAAAAACAAAACCAAAUUCAUUUCACACCAGGGUGUUUUGGGAAUUCUUGCUUUUUUGAUGUCAGUAUUGUGUUAUAUUUCAAAUCCUUUUUCAUUUCUGUUGGUGUUGCUGUAGUGAAGAGAAGAGGAUGGGCUGGUGUGUAAUUAUUUCUGCCCAGACAUUGGCAAAGGCCUCUGCCCCGCUUAUCUGCCCCAUCCUUCCUUAUUCCAAGCUAUGAUUGCUAUGCGCUGGGCUGAGCCCUGACUCCCCCCACCAACCACUCCGACCACGCAGCAGCCCCCUUACGAACCAGUUUUUCUAAUGCCUCUAAUCAGCAGCAGGGUGAACCUCUUUGUCAGGCUGGUUCUGGGGUGCUCUGUGCCCCCCUCCCACAGGUUUUCUCACCUCUUGGGGUGUUUUGUAAUCUGUUUUCUCUGUUUUGUAAAACCUUUUGAUUGUACUGAAAUGAUUUCUGCAGUCACCUUUGGAAAUAAAUGGCCCUUAAUUUGUGUACUCAG